UAACCCUUUUUUAUCACCACUUUACUUUAAAAUCACAAAAACUCCGCACCUGGCGCUUCCGUCGCAACAGCAGACGCGACGCGCGUGUUUGUCAUCUGUUGGCCGACUGAGUUGUGAGAAUGUGGCGCCUGAUUUACGCGACAUUUGAUCUUGAGCUCCAGAGAAGCUGUGGUUUAGCUUAGCCGCAGUAGCCAGCUGUGUUCGUGUAUGUCGCACGAAAAAUCAGACUGGCUGUUCACGCCGGCGUCUCGGGAGACUGUACAGGCGUGCCGGAAGAAAAUGGGCUGCUGCUGCGGCGGCUGCUGCUGCAGCGACGACAGCAUGCCUCUCGUCAGCGGAGAAUUCCGUGUCAAAUUAAACACACUCAAGUCCAGCGGUAGGAUCGAACUCGUCGAGGACGUUGACACCGGCAUCGCGCGUCUAAACAUCAAUGAUCCGGCGAAGCGGAACUGCAUCUCCGGAGAGAUGAUGUUGGAGCUGGAAAACGCCGUCAAAACAUUGGAGCACUGGACCCAUAUCAAGGCAGUCUUGCUCUGCGGGGAAGGCCCAUUCUUUUGUUCGGGGGCUAACCUGGUGUCAAUGAAAGCCAUCCCCAACCCCGACGAGGGACGCCAGAUGUCCGCUCUCAUGCAGAGCACGUUAACAAGGUUCAGCAACCUGCCGAUGAUCAGCGCCGUCCUCAUAGAGGGCCGCGCAAUCGGCGGGGGAGCGGAACUAACCACGGCAGCAGACUUCCGAAUCAUGGCCCCCGACUCGGAGGUCCAGUUCGUUCAUGUGCGCAUGGGGAUCACUUCUGCAUGGGGCGGCAUGACCCGACUGACACAGAUUGUUGGUCCCACACUGACGUUGGACCUGUUUUCCUCGGGACGGCCACUACGCCCCGACGAAGCAGUGCGGACGGGCUUCGCAAGUCACGUCCUGAGCGGCCAGCGGGAUGCCAAGGAAGAGGCGCUGGAGUGGCUCGGAGAGCAGACCAAAGGCCCGACGGAGAUCAUGCGAGCGGUCAAGCUUGGUAUGGUGGCUGCCCGAAGCCUGCCCCUCCAGGAAGCAUUGCAGCGGGAAAAUGAUCUGUUCGCCACUGUGUGGGGCCAGGACGCUCACAACGACGCCCUUAGUCAGAACGUCAAGCACUGAUCUUUGAUAUUGUUAUUGUUUUAAUAGUUUAACGUUGUUGCCUUGCUGUAGAGAUUUACAAUGGUUCUGUGUAAGACUGCAUGAAGCCAGCCUUAGCGUGCAGUCCCCCCGGCGACUGACAAAGGUCACGCAAUCGACCGCAACUGGCGACUAAGGGGACACUCAUGGUGGCCGAUCUUCACACCAACAAGAACGUCCUGCCUGUUGCCACACUGGAAUGCCUCGCAAUUAGUGCUGUUCACAUCGGCUCGCACGGUUAUCGCCACAUCAAAUAACUGUCGGCAUGUUCCCGUGCUAGUUCUGUGCCGCUGAAUUGGUUCAGCAGCUUUGCGACUCCAGUCGUGGAGCUGAAAAAUCAAGUAGCAAGCGACUGACCUGAAACAAUCACUUUUUGACCAAAGCGACUGUUUGCGACCAACUUGGUUGCAGGACCUCUGUGACCAAUCACAAUGGCAGGACCUCUGCCAUUGUGAUUGCCGCCUUAUAUCAACUGCAUACCCUUUUGAGCGGUGUUAACAUUUCUUUGGACAAAGUGACUGAGUUGCAGCCCAAAACAGUAUUUUAGUGAAACGUCUAUAAGUGAUUAUGCUGAUGGUGACUUGGUUAGAAUAAGUGAUUUUUUUGUGUGUGUGUUUUAAUUGUUCCUGGACAUGUUCUUUAUUGUUUUUUAAAUUUUAGCGGUGAACAAACGUUUGAAAGAACGCACUUUUUGAAAACGAAGUGCCACUAGAGGUGCUGCAACCUUCCGUGACUUCUAGAAAUUCUUAUUAUACUUCCACACCUCGGCUUCCGCCUAAAGUGAUUUUUACCUUCAAUCAUGUAUAUAGUUUACUGUCGUCUGCUUAUGCCCGCACUUGCACACUUUAUAUUUCGCACUCUUGCAUGUCCCCUUUUGAGUUAUGGGCAUCGAGAAAAAGUCUUUGUAUCUAGUUUCUUACCUCUCAAAGCAUUACAGCGAGAUGCUCGCCUUCAUGGUUCUCCCGUAAGUGUACGAUUAUGCUAGUUUACAAGUGGGCAUGCGCAAACAGCGAUACUGCCGUGCGUGCAUUUUUUUUUUUUUUUUGCAAGAUGCACAGAACUGGCUGAAUUUUGUCUAGUGAUCUAACAAUUGAUAACUGCAAGUUUCUCACUGGCUUUGUUUUUCUGACGGUACAAACCACUGAGAUAGCCUGCAGGUUCUCACAUGGCAUGCCUCAUUUUUGAUAUGGCCGCAUGUCCUGGGGCCGUAUUCUCCAAUGCUUCCACAUCUCAGUUUCUGCCUGAAGUGAUUUUUAUCUUCGCUUCAUGUAUAUAGUUUACUGCCGUCUGCUUACGCCCGCACUUGCACGCUUUAUAAUUCACACUCUUGCACGUCUCCUUUUGAGUUACGGGCAUCGCGAAAAAUUCUUGUAUUCUGAUUGUAUUCUUGAUUUUGUAUUCUUCUGGUCCUUUAUUGGUUCGAAUGCGGCUUGGAGGCCGUUGCCUUGCCAUCUUGGCUGGGAUCGCAUCCUUGGCUUGACACAUGUUGAAAGCAGAGAAUGAAAUGGAACAUUUUGAAAUAUGGGCCCUAGUUGUGUCAAACCUAAUUAAAACAUAGAAUAAGGGAAAGGGAAAAAUUGUCGUCCACCCGAAUGUAACACGAAGCUACAAAGGAAACCCAUACGGGUUUCUCAGAAAGAAUGCUUUGCAGUUGAGGAAAAAUUCGUCGUGGUCUGGGAUUCGAACCCGGGACCAACGCCCUUCCGGGGCGGUCGCUCUACCAUCUGAGCUAACUUUCUGAGGAACACGUAUGGAUUCCCUUUGCAAGUUCAUGCUACAUUCAGGUGGAUGACAAUUUUUUCCCUUUCAUGGUACCUCCUUCCGCCUUGCGGCAUUCCGCAGAACUGAUUUGUCGUAAGAAUAAGUUGUGUGAAGUUUAUUACAUUUAUAUAAAAUUAGGCUAGUUUAUUUGUGCGUUCAAUAAUAAAUCAUGUAUAAAACUACAUGCAUUAAAAAGCAUUUUGUUGCUUUUUUAUCACUUAAAAAUUAUUAGCUCACUUUUUCUCGAAAUAAGUCACCCUGAAGAACUUAGAUCUGCUGUAAAAGAAAUGCGGCCCUGGGGGAACAUGUUUCCUGAAAAAAUUUGAUCCUCGAAGGGUUAAACUACCUUUUGCGAUGGCGAGUCAAUGGUUGCAGUAUAAAAAGGGAGAAGACUGCCAUAUUUAUAAAUUGGCAUCAUGUUUCAAGUAAGUGCUUGGCCUAGAAAAGCAGCUUUGAUGUGCCAGAAUGACUCACUAAUAAGCUUUUCGGUAAGCAUGAUAAGCAUGUGUAUCCCUCUUGAGAGUGAAGCUGGCAAGGCAUUGAACUUAGCCAAAGUUACUUGAGUAAUUUUGCCAGGGCAGUUUACUGGAUACUUACCUUGUCACCAAAAAAAGAAAAUUGUGCACAAACCAUUAAUGAUGAUUGCCAAUGUAAGCGAAUAGCCGAGUGAUGUAUAUUUGUUGCAGUGAGGAUGUUUAGGUCGCAUUUGCAGCUCCAUUGCAUAAUUUCGUAGAGAACAUAGCUGUUAACUGGCAUCUGUUGCGGGAGUAUAGAGUAGAGGUAUAGUUAGCGUUUUGCAGUGUAAUAGAGAUUAGUAAAAGGUGAUUUGAGGUUUGGUGGCAGAAAAGUAGGGUGACCACAAACAAUGGAGGUGUACAAAAACAAAGUUCCCUAUAGUGGUUCUGAAAGUUUAAUGCUGGAAAUUAUUCUUCUUCUUUUUUGUAUUAAGAUAGAUAUUAGGCAAAAUAUGAACUAGAGCUUGGUCGCGUAACCCAGCGCCCUGUUUAAAGGGGACACUCAUAACAUCCAUCCAUCCUGCUGGAGCUGCUAGUAUGGUAGUUUCCAUGAUAGCUGAAGGAUCAGGGCGCCAGGAUUCAUUCGUGUUCUUAGCCGUGAGGAUCAAGAACUCUGUUGCGAAGUACCAACUAAAUCUAGCAUGCGUGCUGUUACUAGUUCACUGGGCUACAGGAAGUUUACAUAAAAAUGGCUCUUUGAAAAGCUCCUGGUAUUUUCAUGUAUAACUCUUCCUGCAGCAAAUCAGAGCAAUGUUUCAAAUAACUGUGCUGAUUCCAGCUGUCAGUGGGAUUGCCUUCAUUGGGCACACGGUUGUAGCAUUGUUGAUUUGUAUUACUUUGUUUUCAUCCUGCUGCAUAUAUCUUAAUUAUUUUAGGAAAGAUAAAGGACACUACUAUGCAAGAGCCAUCAGUUCUGCGUAACACACUCUUGAUCAUAGUGUAGACAAUACAUAUGCCCAAAAUGAGUUUGUUGCUUGUCGGUGUCGUGGCAUAGCAAUUCUUAAUAAAUAUACCGACCAGAAACGUUUCUGUGGGGGCUAUAAAUCGAGCCAUUCAAUUUACUUCCUUUUGAUAGGUUCAUGUUCCUAAAUGUAUGGUGUGAAGAGCCACAUGAAAAACCUUUUCCGAGUGUUCCACUUCAGGACAUCUGAAGAGGUUUGUAGUUGUUGAGGUGGCAAGCAAGCAUAAAUCCAGUGCAAGAGCCCUUUUUCAACUUGGACGGACUUUGGAUACAUAAUACAAAUGCCGAGCUUAUUUUCAAAGCACAUAUAGUAAACUGUAUUUAAGCAUAUGAUCCUGUCUCUCUCAGACUCCUGUGUUCAACGCAUACUGCUUGCUGUGGGCGGUUUGGAGUGUGCCGCUGUUCUGCUGUUUUGUAGACUUGCCAAGGUGGGUCAAUGGCUGUGUUGUUCCGCUACUGAACAGGAGGUCACAUGUUAGGUUCCAAGCCACAGCAGUCACAUUCUCACAGGGACCUGGUUGCAGGAAAACUUGUGCACUUCUUAGGUACACCCAGGCAAUCAAAAUUGAUCCAGAACCCUUGACUAUGGUGUAUCUUGUAGCCUAACUGUUACUUUGAAUUGUUGAGAAUUGUUGAACCCUAUUGAUUGAAUCUGUCGGUGACUGCAUGGAUGAACGUGUUUGACACGCUUUUGUUGUGACGUAAAUCGCAGUUAACAUUAGCUUUCCACACAGAAGUGGCAGUUUGCAUUGUUUGUGUGUUAUGUUUACAUAGUUUCAAUAGAGGGUUAAUGCUGAAUACUUUCAAUCGAUUGGUCAUACUUUCCUAUUUUUGUAGUGAUGUAUGGAAUGUGCAGUUGUAAUAACUCUCUCCGAGUGUGAUAUUGUUAACAGUUUUCCGAGUAUUUGGCGGUCAUCUUCAAUUGUGCACAUUACUGGACUGAGCAGGUGGCGCAUAAACCGCCCGCAGACGUUUGUUAUGCGUGGGUUAAUAGCUGAUGUUAGCAUGUUGCGGUGAGACAAAUGAACUGUACAUAUACCGAAUGUGCGUGUGUUAGAAUUUAGUUGGAAUCCAUCUUUUGCCGGCAUGUCAAGGCCGUUGCUUUGGUGUUCUUUAUAGCUGCAUUAUAUUUAGCAUAUGUCAUGAAAUAGUGUUGCAAUAGAGGCCGUGAAACCUCUGUCACAUUGGUUGUGUAAUUUAUUAAAUAGCGCAAUAUGUACUUGCCCAAAAAGAAAAUGGUCAACUUGUCCAACUGGAUCAUUUUUUUUUUUUUUUUGCCACUUAAAGCUCUGUUAGAGCUAUUAGUUAGAGCGUUAGAGCUAUUACCAGCAAAACACCGAGAAUUCAAUUUUAGAUUUGGGCAAUAAUUAUUUUUAGUUAAACCAGUUUAUUUUCACCAGGUCCUAUCAUGAACCUUAAAUUUAUAAAAUAUAGUUUUUUUUAUUAUUAUUAUUCAAUAGCAAUGGAGUUAACUUGUGAUAUGAGCUUGGGGGGCCAUCUGUAAAGUGCAAAGAUGGGAAACAGAAACGUUGAAGUACUUUCUCAGCAUUAUAAUUAUGCAAACACACAAAAGAGCUUGCGUGAUAUUCCUUACAAUAAAAUUGUAGUCUGUGCUUUGUGCCUUAAUAUACUUACCUGGUUGUCCUGUGUGCCUUGAUCCAGGCACCAUUUUUUGUGUUCACACAGCUUCAUUAAUGAGGCCAUUCAGCGUUUGCACAUUUAGCAUGACGUUCUAGUCACAAAAAAUGUGCUAAUUGCACUUACUCUGCACUGUAUUAAAGCUCCACUUGCAAUGAAUCUAA